CUCUCUGCACUUUCACUUUCAUCAGUAAAACAGCACGGUCUCCUGAAUCACAGCUGUUUGUUGCAAACAUUGAAGGACAAAACAACGACACAUGAGACAAACAAGCACCACUCACCCAGCUUCAUUGAACUUCCAACUCUGUUCCCAACUUCCCAAAACUCUUCCAAGUGUUUUUCACCAUUUAAUGCCAAACUCCUUCAUAUCUGCUAUAAGUUUGGAGUUCGCCUUCUUAGAACCUACAGACCCACACAGAUUUUCUUUCACUUUACAACAAUGAACCAUCUCUUUGAACUUCCUGAAAAGAUUUGCUAUGUGCAAUGUGGAAUCUGCACCACCAUUUUGCUGGUCAGCGUGCCGUGCAGCAGCUUGUCGAUGGAGGUGACCGUGACGUGCGGCCACUGCUCAAGCCUCCUUUCUGUUAACAUGAUGAGAGCCACUCUGGUUCCUCUUCAUUUUCUGUCUUCUCUAUCUCGCAAUCUGCCCAAAGAAGGUUGUAGAGAAAUGAGUUCAGGGAAGUUGUUUGACAGUUUCAUAAGAUCAAACUUGAAAUUUUCUGAGUAUGAAGUUGAAGAAGGCUUGAUUCCUGUCACACCUCCCUCUGUAAACAAACCUCCUGAGAAAAGACAGCGUGUCCCAUCAGCAUACAACUGUUUCAUCAAGGAUGAAAUCAGAAGGCUCAAAGCUGAAAACCCUCAAAUGACUCACAAGGAGGCCUUCAGAACAGCUGCAAAAAAUUGGGCAAACUUCCCUCCAACAAUCCAACAAAAAGAAGACCCACAGAACACUCAAAUUCCAGAGGUAAAAACACAAUCUUUGAGAUCAGAAGUUAUGAUAUUCAAUCAACUCUUCAAACCCAUUACACCAAAUGGAAAGCAAAACACAAAUCAUUCAUAACGAUGCUUGAAAAUGCUCCUUUUCCAAAGCCACAAAUUUAUGAGACUUCCAUUAAAAGGGUAGGAAAGGUCAUAAUAAUGAAGAAGUUGGGGCGUUUUUGUGGCAAUUUUAAGCAACUGACGCAGU